AUGGAGACUCUUGGACGUGUCACCUUGACUCUGACCGUCAUCCUCGUUAUCGAUUUCCUCCGCAGACUUAUUCGAGCCAGGCUUACGUUCUACAAGCUCAAAAAACAGGAAUUGCCAAUGCCAUCAUGGAACCCUGUUCUUGGUCACCUCCAAAAGCUCGAUGAAAGCCUCAAACGAUUACCAAAAGGAUGCCAGGCAACCGAGCUCUUUUCUCUUAUGUCUCACGACUUUCCAGAUACUAGUAGAUCCUUUUAUGCCGAUUGUUGGCCAUUUGGAAAUCCUUUACUUGUUAUCAACUCACCGGAGCUCGCCAUCCAGGUCUGCCAAGAACAUGAUCUGCCCAAGCCUCCUAUACUUAUACCUUUCUUUAAGCCAUUCGCCGGAGACGGAAAUCUUUUUGUGGUGAAUGGGAAAGAAUGGAGACACUCACGUUCCUUGUUCAACCCUGGGUUUAGUGCUGCUGCAAUGCUUGAACAUAUGCCACAUAUUAUUACAGAGGCAGAGGCAUACGUCGAAAAGCUCCAAUAUCAUGCAAAAAAGGGUGAUACCUUCUCAUUGGACGAAAUCACUUGCGAUUACAUGAUGGAUGUUAUUGGGGUGGUCACACUCAAUUCUCACCUUAAAUUCCAGAAUGGAUACAACGCACUCGCGUCGGCGAUGAGGAGUUCUCUCCGUUGGCACUGCCUACCGGAAGAGCCCAACUUAUUUGUCCGCUGGAACCCAAUACGGCCAAUCGUACAAGCAUACAAUGGGUACAAAAUGAACCGCUACAUUAGUACAGAGCUAGAUAAACGCUAUGAAGAGUGGAAGAGUGGAAAGGCUACAGACCGAGCCAAGUCCGUCAUAGAUAUAGUGAUUGCAGACUAUAUGAGCCAGAGGCAAGCAGCAGAAGGGCUAGAUGCCGAGUUCAAACACUGGGCCAUCACGGCGAUCCGGCUUUUUUUAUUCGCUGGGCACGAUUCCACGGCAGCGACGAUUGCUUACAGCUGCUACCUCUUGUCCAAACAUCCUGAUAAGUUGUCCAAGCUUCGCGAUGAACAUAGCGAGGUUUUCGGAACUGAUCUCUCAGCCGCCACUGAAAUCUUGAAGCAACACCCCCAAAGCAUAAAUGAGCUCCCGUAUACUACAGCAAUCAUCAAAGAAGUUUUACGGCUUUUCCCGCCCGCAUCAGGUAUGAGAGGAGGCCUUCCCAAUGUCUAUCUACACGACAAAUACGGCAACAAGUUCCCCACUGAGAAUCUCAAUGUUUGGGUCAACCAUAGUGCGCUCCAUCGAAACCCCGAGUAUUGGCCGGAGCCUCAUUCUUUCAUUCCGGAGCGCUGGCUGGCCAAACCGGGGGACCCGUUAUAUCCUCCAAAGAGAGGAUGGAGGCCAUUUGAGUAUGGACCGCGCAAUUGCAUUGGGCAGAGCUUGGCAAUGCUGGAUAUAAAGAUCACGCUUGUGAUGACAGCACGAAGAUUUGAUUUCAAAGAUAAAUACGCCGAGUUGGAUAGUAGCCGUCCUCUUAGGGGCAUUUCGACCGUGUAUGGCGAGCGAGCUUAUCAAAUCACACAAGGCGCCGCUCAUCCAGCAGAUGGUUUACCGUGCCAAGUCACUCUACGUGGGUGA